AUGGAUAUACCCUCAACCAAUAAAGCCGAAACAUUGGACCAAUGGCAUGCCGGGCCUCUGGAGUUCGAAGACCAAGAUGCCUGGAGGCAACGUCUGAAAAUCGAUGUUUCGAAGCAGAUCCGUCUCCUUGAAUUGGCGCACAUGCGAUAUGUGCAUACUGAUAUCUCAGCCAUCACGCAGUUUCUUCUUGACUUUGGAAUGAAGAUAGCUCACGAAAACGACAAGAGAACGUAUUGGAAGGGAUAUGGGCCCUAUCCAUACGUGUAUGUCGUAGAAAAGGGCGAUGAACCCAGGUUCUUGGGAGGCACAUUUCGAGUCGAGAGUUACGCGACACUGGAAAAGGCAAGCAAGUUACCCGGCGCCAGUGCAAUCACUGCCCUUGAUGAUGAACCUUGGGGUGGGCACAUGGUCACCGUUUACGAUCCUGUGGGUUAUCCGAUAAAUCUGAUGUACGGCCAGAGUAUGGUUCCGGUGAAAAAAGGUGCUAUUCCCCGUCCUAUUGUCAUGAACUACGAAGACCGCAAGGAGCGUCUGAAUGCAUUUCAACGCUGUACUCAGGGUCCAGCAGCAGUGCACAAGCUUGGUCAUUACGGGAUUUGUUACACAGACUUCGACCAGGCUUAUGACUUCUGGAUACGUACAUUCAACUUGGUGCCUUCGGAUGUGGUCUACGCCCCAUCGGCGCCGGGAGAUGAGAAGACCAACGUCGCUGCAUUUCUCCAUAUCGAUCUCGGCGAGGAGUACACGGAUCACCAUACCUUUUUCUUGGGCGCCUCGCCGAGACAACGAGUUCAUCACUGCUCUUUUGAAGUCCAUGACUUUGAUACCCAGCUCCUCGGUCACCAGUGGUUGGAGCGAAAAGGCUACAAGUCCGUAUGGGGAGUUGGACGCCACUAUCUGGGCUCACAGAUUUUUGACUAUUGGUGGGACACUACGGGUUUCAUGAUAGAGCACUAUGCCGAUGGUGAUGUCGUCAAUUGUACAACCAAUGUCGGGUUAGCUGCUGCUAACGAUAAAGCUCUGUCUGUCUGGGGUCCUAACAGACCUAUUGAUUGGAUUAAAUAA